CAGAGACAGGCAGCGACGGGCACGGAGACGGACGGCCAGAUAGCGAGAGGAGGAGGAGGAGAAGAAAGACACACAGGGAGCGAGCUGCCCCCCGGGGCCCCCCACGCCAUCCAACCCACCGCCGUCCGAGAGGCCACGAGGCCACGAGGCCAUUUUAGUAACAUGGAUUGGUUGGGACGCUUGCAAGCCUUCGGCACGGCAAUCCUGUAUCCUGCGUUGAGGUUCACGUUCAACCUGUGCUACCUUGUGACGAUACCUCUGCACUAUCCCAUCUACUAUCUCCUGGCCCUGGUCACCUUCCUCCUAUCGCCUAUCUGGUAUAUGUUCCGCGUCGUCUUGAGUGUGGCCUCGACUGCUGUGGGCUUGGUGGUUAGACUGAAGUACCUCUACAUCUACCUUGCCUGCGCAGCCAUCAUAGGAAUCUGUGCUGGCUGUAUGCUGCACGGGACCUCGAGUUUCAUAUUUGUCCUUCUAGGUAUCGACGCCUCGCAGCAACAUCGUUCCGGCCGACGGCGGGCCAGGUUGCCACCUGUAGCCGAUGAAGAUGAGGAACUUUACGGGCUAGAGAGCACCCCCAGCAAGUCCUCCGUAGGCGGAAUGGCCCCGCGGCGCGGGAAGCCGAAACGAGAGGCAGACGAUGAUACGCGCGAGUCGUUGCGGCAGCAGUGGAAACUGCCCAGGCCCUCCAAGAUACCAGGACAGCAACGUAGGGGAUUGAUUUCCCAGACAAUCUACGAGGAGAGCAGCAGCGAUUUCUCCUGACGAUGCCACGUUGCGACCUCAAAGCUGGCACUCUGCGACGGUCUGCUGGUACUUGCGACAAUAGAAUACCAGCCAGAUCGAUUCUCCGCGCAUGGCCCUCUCACCAUGUGGCUACUAAUUAGAAGCAUGGUUAGCUAGGCAAGCGGUUGACUGAUCAUGUUGCAAAUGUCAAUAUAUAUAUAUUCCAGGCCGAUUCGAAGAGGUGCAUUCACGAUGAGUUUGCCAGACAAUGAUAGCCGUGGGUACGCGGGACGAGAACUGUUGUUCCUCGACUUCAGCCGUACAAUUAGUUUCGGAUACCUCUUUGCUAUAUC